UGGCUGCCUGUUUCCUGUCCAUGCUGCACCUCGGAAGGAGAAGACAUGCUGUAAAAGAGUAAACCUUACUUUUUAGGUAUCUGCUCCUGAUCUGUUCCGGCGCUUGUUUCAUGAGGGUGUAUUGCAUUGCUCCAUGGUAGUCAGGCACCCGUACAGCUCCUGGUAUGGCUGGCAAUAUCUAAGACUCUUGCAGUCCUCCAAUGUGUGCUGCUGUAAAGCUGAAAAGUGACUUACUCCAGUUGUACAAAGAAAGCAGAAAUGCAUCAAAGGAUGGAGGACGAGGCAGUACUGGAUAGAGGGGCUUCCUUCCUUAAACAUGUAUGUGAUGAAGAAGAAGUGGAAGGUCAUCACACUGUUUACAUUGGGGUCCAUGUGCCGAAGAGCUACAGAAGAAGGCGGCGUCAUAGGAGAAGACCUGGGCACAAAGAAAAGAAAGAAAAGGAGAAAAUUUCUGAGAAUUACUCUGACAAAUCAGACGUAGAAAAUGCUGAUGAGACAAGCAGCAGCAUCCUCAAACCGCUCAUCUCCCCUGCUGCUGAACGUGUCCGCUUCAUUCUGGGAGAGGAAGAUGACAGCCCAGCACCCCCGCAGCUUUUCACGGAGCUGGAUGAGCUUCUGGCUGUUGAUGGACAAGAAAUGGAAUGGAAGGAGACUGCAAGGUGGAUAAAGUUCGAGGAGAAGGUAGAACAAGGUGGGGAACGAUGGAGUAAACCUCAUGUGGCCACAUUAUCCCUGCACAGCUUGUUUGAGUUAAGGACAUGCAUAGAGAAAGGCUCAAUAAUGCUGGAUAUGGAGGCCUCUUCUCUUCCUCAGGUAGUGGAAAUGAUUGUCGACAAUCAGAUUGAGACAGGGCUCUUGAAGGCAGACAUGAAGGACAAAGUCACCUACACGCUGCUCAGGAAGCACCGGCACCAGACCAAGAAGUCCAACCUGCGUUCUCUGGCAGACAUUGGAAAGACCGUCUCCAGUGCAAGUAGGAUGUUUACCAACCCCGAUAAUGGCAGUCCAGCCAUGACUCACAGAAAUCUGACUUCCACCAGUCUGAAUGACAUCUCUGACAAGCCUGAGAAAGAUCAGUUGAAGAAUAAAUUCAUGAAGAAAUUACCCCGCGAUGCUGAGGCCUCCAACGUGCUGGUUGGGGAGGUAGACUUCCUGGACAGUCCUUUCAUUGCCUUCGUCCGGCUGCAGCAGGCAGUUAUGUUGGGUGCUCUGACAGAAGUCCCCGUCCCUACCCGAUUUCUCUUCAUUCUACUGGGACCUAAGGGCAAAGCAAAGUCAUAUCAUGAGAUUGGCCGAGCCAUUGCUACCCUCAUGUCUGAUGAGGUGUUCCACGACAUUGCCUAUAAAGCCAAGGACAGGCAGGACCUGAUCGCUGGCAUUGAUGAGUUUCUGGAUGAAGUCAUUGUGCUCCCCCCUGGGGAAUGGGAUCCAGCUAUUAGGAUAGAGCCCCCCAAGUCUCUUCCAUCUUCAGAUAAAAGGAAAAACAUGUACUCUGGUGGAGAAAAUCUGCAGAUGAAUGGAGACACGCCUCAUGAUGGAGGACAUGGAGGCGGGGGACACGGGGACUGUGAAGAGCUGCAGCGAACUGGCAGAUUCUGUGGUGGCUUAAUCAAAGACAUAAAGAGGAAAGCACCGUUCUUCGCCAGUGACUUCUAUGAUGCUUUAAAUAUUCAAGCCCUUUCAGCCAUUCUUUUCAUCUACCUGGCCACAGUGACCAAUGCUAUCACUUUUGGAGGACUGCUUGGUGAUGCUACAGAAAACAUGCAGGGGGUGUUGGAGAGUUUUCUGGGCACAGCAGUCACCGGAGCGAUAUUUUGCCUUUUUGCUGGCCAGCCACUCACUAUUUUAAGCAGCACGGGACCUGUCCUUGUCUUUGAACGACUUCUCUUUAAUUUCAGCAAAGACAAUGAUUUUGACUACCUGGAGUUUCGUCUCUGGAUCGGCCUCUGGUCAGCCUUCCAGUGUCUCAUUCUUGUUGCUACUGAUGCCAGCUUCCUGGUCAAGUACUUCACACGCUUCACCGAAGAAGGUUUCUCCUCACUUAUUAGCUUCAUCUUCAUUUACGAUGCUUUCAAGAAGAUGAUCAAGCUGGCAGAUUAUUACCCUAUCAACUCCGAGUUCAAGGUGGACUAUAUCACACAUUAUUCUUGUGCCUGUGAACCACUGGGUCCAGAUAAUAGCUCAUUUUUUAACAGAACAACUGUGUCGUCAGCUGAGGGGCCAUUCUAUUCCUCUGCUGAGAUGUACAACACCACCAUCGACUGGUCGUCUCUGACAAAGAAGGAGUGCUUGAAAUACGGAGGACACCUUGUGGGCAACAACUGUGGAUAUGUCCCUGACAUCACCCUCAUGUCUUUCAUCCUCUUUUUUGGCACCUAUACCUGCUCGAUGGCCCUGAAGAAAUUCAAGACUAGUCGCUAUUUUCCAACCACUGCCAGGAAGCUUAUCAGUGACUUUGCCAUUAUCUUAUCCAUUUUGAUUUUCUGUGGAAUAGAUGCCCUGGUAGGUGUGGACACACCAAAACUAAUUGUGCCAAGUGAAUUCAAGCCAACCAGUCCUGAGAGGGGCUGGUUUAUCCCACCUUUUGGAGGGAACCCAUGGUGGGUGUACCUGGCAGCAGCCAUCCCUGCACUGCUGGUGACUAUCCUCAUCUUCAUGGAUCAGCAAAUCACAGCUGUCAUUGUCAACAGGAAGGAACACAAGCUCAAGAAAGGUGCUGGAUAUCAUUUGGAUUUGUUCUGGGUGGCCAUUCUGAUGAUUAUCUGCUCCUUUAUGGGUCUGCCCUGGUACGUUGCUGCGACUGUGAUCUCCAUUGCUCAUAUUGACAGCUUGAAGAUGGAGACUGAAACUUCAGCCCCUGGAGAACAGCCCAAGUUUUUGGGAGUGAGGGAGCAGAGAGUCACUGGAGUCAUUGUUUUCAUUCUGACUGGUGUGUCUGUCUUUAUGGCUCCUAUCUUGAAGUUCAUUCCUAUGCCUGUGCUCUAUGGUGUCUUCCUGUACAUGGGUGUUGCGUCCCUCAAUGGCGUGCAGUUCAUGGAUCGUCUGAAGCUGCUCUUGAUGCCUCUAAAGCACCAGCCUGAUUUUAUCUAUCUGCGUCACGUGCCGCUGCGCAGAGUCCAUCUGUUCACAUUUCUGCAGGUGGUUUGCUUAGCCCUACUCUGGAUUCUCAAGUCAACUGUGGCUGCUAUCAUAUUCCCUGUCAUGAUCUUGGCACUUGUAGCAGUCAGAAAAGCCAUGGACUACCUCUUCUCCCAGCAUGACUUAAGUUUUCUUGAUGACGUCAUUCCAGAAAAGGAUAAGAAAAAGAAAGAGGAUGAGAAGAAGAAGAAAAAGAAGAAGGGCAGUCUGGACAGUGACAAUGAGGAUUCUGACUGCCCCUACUCAGAAAAAGUCCCAAGUAUUAAAAUACCAAUGGACAUCAUGGAGCAGGAACCUUUCCUAAGUGAUAGCAAACCUGCCGACAAAGAAAAAUCACCAACAUUCCUUGAACGCCAUACGUCGUGCUGAUAAAAUUCCUUUUCUUCAGUCACACACUAUGCCAAGCCCUCCACGAACUCCAGUAAAAGUUGUGCCUCAAAUUAGAAUAGAACUUGAGCCUGAAGACAAUGGUUAUUUCUGGAGGAGCAAGGG